AUGGAGGCUGUCACCGGGAACAUCGACUGGAAGGAGCUCAAGGUGAAGAUGCGGCAGAAAGUGCAGGUGUGGCUUCAACAACCGUUGUUCCCACCUGUGCUUCUUAUGCUUCAGGCCUUGCGGCCAAUGUCUCGAUUUUACCACCGCCUGAUUUAUUCGGGCGGUGCGGAAUGGGAAGACAUUGAGAGGACGAAAGAGUCCCAAGGCUGCCGUCGAUCGUAUGCGGUGCUUGAGGCGGCGCGGGAAUCAGAUCUCAAUGCUUACCGGCGGAGUGUGAGUGACACCUUCCACGAGCAGAUCGUGCUUCUCCCGCGAUGGUGUCACUUCCGCCACUACCAGGUGCUUCUGUUUCGCAUGCUCAGCCGCAAUGUGUGCAGCACGGAGUUUCUGAUCGGCACAACCUACAGGUCAUACCCAAUCAAGCUCUUCAAGAGUUUAGACAAGGUGCACGAGGCGAAGGAUCCGGAGUGCAUGCACUGCCGUCUCACAAAGCUGAUCCUCUCGGAGGGUUGUGACCUGGACAGUCCUGAGUCGCAAGCUGUUCUGACGGCCAUCGCUUCAAUGUUUCAGUUGCACAUUGCUUCGAUAGAAGCCCGCCAUGCAUCAACACGGAGAAUCACAACCAUCAAAUCGGUGCAAACACACCGCCCGACACUGACGGCCGUGGGGGCCGAUUGGUUCUGCCGUGACAUGCCUGUGUCCGGAACAGCCCAAGCAGACACCGUGCCGCCCGAGCCGAAGCAGCCGGAGCGAAAGAAUCCUUGGAAUGCAUUCCUCAGCGAGAAGUGCCGCCGCAGAAUCUCUGACCUCGGCAGCACUUCGUACGCUGCUGUCGUUGAGGAGUACCGUAGCUUGACACCCGCAGAGCAUCAGAGGUACCAAGAGAUGGCAGACGUGGCUUUCUGUGCGAGAGCCCGAGGUCUGCCGGGUUAUGCUCAUCAUGGUGCUAUUCCUGCAGCAGCGGCAUCAUCUUCUGGCUCUGGCAAGGAAGUGGCCGUGGAAGCUCUUGUGGCUGUGCCUGCCGCUGGCCACCAGGAGUUGGCAGUCCCUGACCAGGCUUACAAGUUGAUGGCUGCAGACUUGUCAGACAAACUGCAGGUGGUUCAGCAGGAGUAUCACAGGCGAUCUGCGUCUGUGAAAGACUGGUGUGACAUUUUUCGCGACAGCCGGGUUCAGCAUCGGCAAGAUCAAGAGCAUCUUUUUCGAGAAUGUGGUGUGGUGGAGCAUGUGCCUGCGCUUAAUGGCCUCGUGUCGGCGGAAAUGCGCGUACCAGCGGACAAGAUCGGCGAAGAUCUGCUCUCAGUUGGUGAAAAGAGCACCUUGCGGGCCUCUCUUUUGGACAAGUGGCAGAGCAUGUGUGACUUGAUUUUGAACACAGAUGAGACACCAUUUCCAGAUGCUUCAGAUGCUCUUCCAACUCGUUGUGCACAGCUCGGCAUGUGUGUCUGUGCUUCACGUGGCUUGCAAGCUUACCUCUUUCAUUGCAGGCUGAUUUUCUGUUUGAAGGCAUUCUUCACACCCAAGAGAUCCCGCAAGAUUCGGGAUGCUGCUGGCAACAUGGUGAUCAAGGAGCUGUCGCAAGCCGAGCAGCAUCAGCAGACAAAACUGAAAUCCAACCGAAAGCUUCUGGAUGAUGGUUUCGUUGUUGUUUGCUUGCGGCCAUCCAGCCGAACUGCCGCAGCAGAAGAGGUUCUGCCUCACAAGUACAUGCACUCCUCCUGGAAAGCUUUGGCCCUGACUGCAAUGAAUGUCAGUGCGGAGGGUGAAGCAGAUUCUCCAACUUCCCUCUGGCUCCAUCUCGGCCACAUCAAUUAUACGACGUGGGCUCUCGGUGUGUUGCGUCUGGACGAAGCUGGUGCUGAUGAGGCUCGGCCUGAGUACACGAAGCUUCAAGUGCCCACACCUCAAGAAUGUUGCCAUUCCGUCAGAAUGUUUGAGCAAAGCGGCAUCAAUUUCAGUGGCCCGUGGCAGUUCACUGUCAGCAUGAUCUUGAGCAACAAUGAUGAGCUGGAAAGGGCCAGCAUGCGACCCGACACAGUGCUUGUGAAACAGCAUGCAGAAGUGCCCAACAUGGAAUUCUGGCAGGGCUGGCCGGCAGAACAGGCCCGCCAUGAAAAGAACUCCAAAAGUCGACCUGUGCCUUCAUCUGGCAAGCGGAAGAAGGAGACAUCUUCAGCCACAGCUGGGUUCCGGAAAAGAACCAAGUCUGCGCCGGGCUCAUCCACAGAUGCCGUGGAGCCUCUGCCUGCGCACGAACCGGAGGACGAUGUGGCUGGAGAUCCAGUGGAAGAAGAUCUUCUGCAUGAUGAGGAAGUCCGCAGUGAGGCCUCCAGCACUCCAUGGUCUGAGUAUGUGGCCGAUGCUUUGGAGAGGGAGGAGCCUGGGUAUGAUGGAAGCUUGAAAGCGGAAGGCUCCGCUGCAGCCGCUGCAGCCGCUGCAGCAGCGCCAGACAUUGCUGCAGGUUCUGUCGAUGAUGCUGAUAUGGGUCCUGCUCGUGCAGACACAGCCCACCCACGUGCCGAACCACGCCCGACAACUGUGGUGGGCUUCAAGAGUUUAGGAGACCUUCGCUUCAAUGCCAAAGACUGUCACAUCAUGGCGGACAGUGCAGCUCUUCACAAGAGCACAAGCAGAUGGCAGUGCCUCGACAUCUCAGUCUUCUGUCUAGGCAGGAAGCGAGAGCUGAGUUCAUGCGAGAACCACAUGCUGCGGAUGUUGCGAGUCACGAACGCACACGGAAUCACGAUGAUUUUCGUCGUCUUCCUGCGCAAGGACGUGUAUGGUGUCGCAGAUGCUGGUUUCCUUGCCAAGACUUACAAGGACCUCAUCACGAAGCAGCAGGAGGCGACCCCGAAGAAGCUCAGCGAUCUUUUGCCAGAGAGGAGGCUGGAGGACGUGCCGCGAGGGGUGACCCCGAUGGACUGCCAGGUUCUUCUGCUGCAAUUCUGUCAGUCAGCAGUGUGGAGCUCCGAGUGGUUAGCAGUUCAGUGCAUGGACACGACAUUUGGGCAACAAGACCUGGUCACAUUAUUACACUUGUUGAUUGAUAGAUUUCGGAGUUUGGAGUUUUACUCAGAAUGGUUGUAUGCUUCGUGA